AAAAUAAAGCUAAAGGACCUAAAAAGUUUGGUUAUAAACAGAAGAACCUACAUCACCCUUUACGUAAUAUAAACAAAACUCCUGUUUUACAACCAGAGGAAAUCAAGAAACCAAAACCUGAAAAAGAUUUUGUUAAACGUAAUCGUGAAAGAAUCCACAAAAAACAAGUUUCAAAAAAAGAUACUGGAAUCAAUAGUGGGACUGUGACUUUAACUCAGGAGCAAUUAAAUGCAAUAUUACAAUCAGUUGGAAAUUUGAAAGAGGGAAAAGAAAAUGCUCUUAGAAUCAGCAUUGACCCUGACAGUCAUGAAGUAAAGAUAACGUCACCUAGACGGGGAAAAACAACAGCAGAAGUGACAUCAUCACGGUCUGUUAGACAGGAAAACUCAGAUGAUAAUGAAGGAGAUAUCUUUCAACUAGCUUUGGGAGAAAAUGAAAAAAGAGAUGAAGAAGAUAGCAAAGAAGUAGAGAAGUUUAUAUCUGAGAUAUCAGCAAGGAAAGAAAAAUCUGAAGCUAAAGAAUUAAGCAGAAAUGAAAGCAAAGAAGACAAUGAGAGCUCAGUUAUACAUUUACCUCCAGUUCCACCAGCACAUCUUACUGUGGCAGAGAAAAAAAGAUUACAGUGGGCCAGAGAAAAAGGAGAAAGUGAAAAUUAUAAUCCAUGGGGAAAACCAGGUGCUGGUGCUCCAGUAAGAAAUAAUGUUGGUGAUGUUUUAGCUGAUUAUAAUACAAGAAAGGAAGAUAUUAAAACUAGUCCACGUCAUCAACCUCCAGUCACAUUAGAACCAUUCAGUCCAAGGUCCAAGAGACAUCAGAAUUUAGAUGGACCUGUCAAGGGUACAUUAGAUAUUGGGCAAUUAACAGAUGAAGAUAAAUUACUAGCUAAGAAAGAAGAAGCACAGAGAAAGUUUAGGGAAGACUUAGAAAAACAACUGGAAGAGAAGAGACAGAGAGAAAGAGAAGAAAAAGCCAGAGAAAAUAUGGAUAAUACCUGGUCUAAUAAAUUCUCUAAUGAACAUAAACCAGCUUCCCUCCCAGCUCAAAAUACUUCUCCCCCUCAACAAGCUGAAUAUAUAUCUUCAAAAAAAUCUCCACGAAGAAAACAUGAUCAACCAGAAAAUAGAGUGAGUGCAGCUACAAAUUCCACUUCACAGGUACCUCCAGCUGCAAUGAGAAGUUCCUUUGCAUUAGGGGGUCUAGCAUUAGAUGAUAAUAGAUAUAAACAAACUAAAGCGGAGGAAAAGAGGAAGUGGUUGGAAGAUUUAGAGAAACAAAUGGAAGAGAAGAGACUACAGACUUUAAAAGAUAAAGAGAAACAAACAAUAUCAGAGUGUACAGAUAAAAUUAAUUGGGCUGAUCCUGUUCAAAUACCACCAUCUGUACUAAAUACAUCUCCUAGAUCUGAUCAUUAUAGCUUGAUACACAAUAGUGGUGAAUUUCAACAUGAUACAGCUAGAACAAGUAGUGCUCCUGAUCCUCCAACUGACCAAACAUUGAUACGAGGUCAGAAUGUGAUCAUAGAUCCAGUUACAUUAAAAGAUUUAGAGAUGAAAAGAAAGAAGCAUUUAGAUCAUCAGGAAGCUAUCAAACACCAGAUUGAAGAGAAACAGAAUAAUUUACGUAAAGAAAGGGAGAAGAAAUGGGCAGAAGAACAGGAAGCAGAAGAAAGAUUAAAAAAAGAAAGAGAAGUUCUCCAGACACAGUUUGAAGUAGAACAACAGAAGAUAAGAGAAAAAGAGCAAGCAAGAGAAGAAAAAUUGCGUCAACUUAAAGCAGCUAUGGAUGAAGCUCAGGAGAGAGCUCAACAUGAGAAACAACUGAAAAGAAUGCAUCAUUUACAACAGGGUGGCCAUGAUAUUACACAUCUGAAGGCUCAUUAUGAAGGCAUUCAAGCAAGAUCACCUAGAGGCCAGAAUCAACAAUCUCAACCUGGAUUUUUACUAAAUUUAAAUGAGGAUGUUCCAGCAGUUGACUCAUCUUACCAGUCUCACCAUAGUAAUCCUACACAGCGUAGUCAGACUGGACAACAAGUACAUCAUGAUGAUUACAUAGUAGAUAAAGUGGUUGAAGCGCCUAAAAAACCAAGUGAACCCUUUACAGACCCUUACUCUAUAUUAAGAAAUUUUGGUACCCAAACAAUUUCUGAUGGAAAAGAAUUUAAUCGUGAAUUAAGUGAAGUUCAGAUUGAAUAUAAAGUGCCUGAUGAAACCAUGGAAAAACAGAAACAGAAGCAUGGAAAAACAAAGACUAAAAAUAAAACAGUCAGAUUGAAAAGUGCUGCCAAAGUUCGAAAAUUUAAGGUUGAAAAACCACAGCCCAUGGAAAAGAAAGAAUGGAAUUACAAAAAUCAAAAAAACUUAAAAAAUGUGAAAAACUCUGAGAAAGAUCCUUUUUAUGAGCAGAAAAAACGUGAAAGUCAAGCUAGACAUGCUAAAAGAGCAGAACAACUUUAUAAGAUGAUAGAAGCUAACAAAGCUGUGAUACCAACAGAAAAUGGUCCAGGGUCACGUGAUACUUCACCACGAAGAUAUCACUCUCAGUCACCUCGACGUAGUUCACAAUAUAGUCCGCGAGUAGACAGAAGUUUAUCUCCUCACCUAAGAUCUGAAACACGAGUGAUGAAUCCUAAAUCUCCUAGAGCAGGACAAUCUCUAUCUCCACCACCUAGUAAUAGACAUACACCUCAUAGAUCAAGAUUAGAUAAUUAUCAGAAUCAUGUGGAACAACCAACUCAAUGGAGAUCACCUCCAGUACCUGCUGUCAAACACAGACAUCAGUAUAACAAUGAAGUGGAAGAUAGAGGAUACGAUGACGAUCAUUUCCAUCAUCAAUAUAAAGAUAACGAACCUAUCUAUCCACCUGUCACAGAAAAUGAUUUUAUCCCUUUCACAAGAACAACAGAAGUUUUGGAUCCAUCUCAUGCUGAAGAACCUUUAACUGUAUCACGAGAGAACACCAAAGUUCAGAGAGGAAGAAAAGCUUAUAGAGAUAACCAGCAUCCAGGUGAUUAUGGAAGAGGUAUCAAUAAUUAUCAGGACAAAGGUCGACAGUCACAUCAAAAGGAUCCAAUGUAUAACCCUAGUGUUAUAACAGAUCAUCCUACUGGUAGACAAGAUGAGAUUUUACUACAACUCUCACAGCUAAAACAGAAUUUAAUACAGAAACAGAGAGAGUUAGAGACCACCAUGUCUCCUAGUGCUUUAUUACAAUAA